UGCUGUGGCCUGGCUGAGCGUGUCCUCGUGCUUGAAGUCUCGCGGAACUGGGAUUCGGUUCGGCUCGUCUACAGCAAUAUAAAAGGCUCAGUGUUCCAGCAGCAUCAUGUCAGUGUCACCAGAUAAACGGAGGAAAAUGGAGUCUGCACUCGAGCAGCUGAAAAAGUACACCGUGGUGGUCGCUGAUACUGGAGAUUUUAACGCCAUUGAAGAGUACAAGCCUCAGGAUGCUACAACGAACCCCUCCCUCAUCCUGGCAGCAGCCAAGAUGCCCACCUAUCAGCAGCUGGUGGACAAAGCAAUUAAAUACGGCAUUGCUAAUGGCGGGACCGAAGAGGAGCAAAUAACUAACAUAAUGGACAAGCUGUUUGUCAGCUUUGGUGUGGAAAUUCUUAAAAAGAUUCCUGGAAGAGUCUCCACUGAGGUAGAUGCAAGGCUAUCGUUUGAUAAAGAUGAAAUGGUGGCUCGUGCCCAGCAACUCAUUUCUCUUUAUGAGGACGCUGGAAUCAGUAAAGAGAGAGUGCUCAUCAAGCUUUCCUCGACAUGGGAGGGCAUUCAGGCUGGCCGGGAAUUGGAGGAAAAGCAUGGCAUCCACUGCAACAUGACUCUGCUGUUCUCCUUUGCCCAGGCUGUAGCUUGUGCUGAGGCCAAGGUCACCCUUAUUUCACCCUUUGUAGGGCGCAUAUUUGACUGGUACAAAGAAAACACUGACCGCAAGAGUUAUGAGCCUCAUGAAGACCCUGGUGUGGUGAGUGUAACAAAGAUCUACAACUACUACAAGAAGUUUGGUUACAAAACGGUAGUGAUGGGUGCAUCCUUCAGAAACACUGGGGAGGUGAAGGCUUUGGCUGGAUGUGACUUGCUCACAAUUUCACCAGGACUGCUGGGAGAGCUCAGCCAGGAUCACAGCGUUGUGUCUUGCACUCUCACUCCACAGAAAGCAAAGGAUUGUGAUCUGGAAAAGUUGCACCUGGAUGAGAAGACCUUUCGCUGGCUCCACAAUGAGGACCGCAUGGCUGUGGAAAAGCUUUCAGACGGCGUUCGUAAAUUUGCAGUGGAUGCAGUAAAGCUUGAGAGCAUGAUCAAGGAGAAGAUGCUAAACGUGAAAAAUGGAAAAUAAUGUGGAGCGAAGUAAAAGAAAAAAAGACCUAUUGUCCUGAUCCUUUAUCUCCUAUUAUGCUGCACUGUGUGACGACUGGCUCAGAUGUUGACUGACUGCAGAUUGCUUCUGAUGCUAUAACAGAUAUUUCCUAGUCUUAACUUUGGGACCAACAGGGGUUUCUGUAUUACCUAUAAACUCUUUUUGUAAAUGGAUUUAAGUACCCAUUUCUAUAACACAAACAUUCUUUUAAAGCUGUAAAAACAUUCCAUGGUUGGAAAACAUAUACCACUGUCUAAGAUGUUGUUGGAACAGCCAAGAGACUAAAGUAAGUAUUUUAGACACCAUGAUCCAGAUUACUGAAUAAACCUAAAACAUUACCUUCAGAUCCAUGUUAUUUUAAUAAAUUCAAGUCCUUAAUGGAAGUACCCCAAUGUUUGUCACUCAGAAACACAUUUGGAGAGAGAAAUAAUCCCAGUUAUUAAAAUCUAUUUUUUCUCA